CCAUUCAUAUCUGGGGGGGGGCAACAAUGAGCAAAAGGUGCUCAGUGUCACUGAAAUCAAGAAGAAGCAAACACAUACAUCUCUCGCAGCGAUGCAGUUGGCUCUAAGUAAAACAUUUGGGCAGAAGCCAGUUAAAUUUCAGUUAGAACAAGAUGGGGACUUUUACAUGGUUGGUUCGGAGGUUGGAAACUAUCUGCGUAUGUUUAGAGGUUCUUUAUACAAAAGAUAUCCAUCUUUAUGGAGGCGGCUGGCUUCAGUAGAAGAGAGAAAAAAAAUUGUAGCAUCAUCUCAUGCCACCAGUGUUACUCUACUGAAGGCAUCUGAGUGUGAGGAGAUCUUCGAAGGUAACGAUGACAAAUACAAGGCAGUGUCUAUCAGCACAGAGCCACCGGCAUAUCUCAGGGAGCAGAAAGCCAAAAGAAGCAGUCAAUGGGUCCCAACGCUUCCCAACAGCUCCCACCAUUUAGACGCCGUGCCUUGUUCCACUACCAUCAACCGCAACAGAAUGAGUCGAGACAAGAAGAGGACUUUCCCACUGUGCUUUGAUGAUCAUGAUCCCGCUGUGAUUCAUGAGAAUGCUGCCCAAGUGGAGGUACUGGUUCCCAUCCGCCUUGACAUGGAAAUAGAUGGACAAAAACUCAGAGAUGCUUUCACAUGGAACAUGAAUGAAAAGCUGAUGACCCCAGAGAUGUUUGCAGAAAUUCUGUGUGAUGACUUGGACCUGAAUCCUCUGACCUUUGUCCCUGCCAUCACCUCAGCCGUACGUCAGCAGAUUGAGUCAUACCCCACUGACAGCAUUUUAGAUGAGCAGGCAGACCAGAGAGUCAUCAUCAAGCUCAACAUCCAUGUGGGAAACAUCUCACUUGUGGACCAGUUUGAAUGGGACAUGUCAGAGCAUGAAAACUCCCCCGAGUCUUUUGCACUGAAGUUGUGCUCAGAACUAGGUCUUGGGGGUGAAUUUGUGACAACAAUUGCCUACAGCAUUCGAGGACAACUUAGCUGGCACCAGAGAACAUACGCCUUCAGUGAGAACCCACUCCCAACAGUAGAGAUUGCCAUUCGUAACACUGGUGAUGCAGACCAGUGGUGUCCCCUGUUGGAGACACUCACAGAUGCUGAAAUGGAGAAGAAGAUCCGAGAUCAAGACAGGAACACAAGACGUAUGAGACGACUGGCCAACACUGCUCCAUCCUGGUAGGAGGAGAUUUGAAGGUACAGUUGAUGAUUACUCCUACAAGACAUCCUCUGGAGACCCAGACGUUACUCACACACGCAUAUAUACACACCGUAAAUAUAUCCAUAUGUAGUCAGUGCUCACACUUUGAGGAUAGUGACAGUGAAAAGUUAUUUCCGAACAAAGGACCCACAUAUGACCACCAAUAAAAUGCCAGUCCCACCUGUGACUUUAGUAUAAAAUGUGACAAUUCUUCAGCAACAAAAGUGCCACUUGUGUUAGAUUCUACAGUCUUUGGACUACAGCUUUACACAUCACCUUUUAAUUGGCAUAUACAUUCAUGCUGUAGCUGCUUGGAGCAAGAUUACCUGAUACACUCUUUCAACAUAUAGUAUUAUAACACUCACCAAGCCAAAUUUGUUAUUCAAAAAAUACCUAUGCCACAAAAUGCAGGUGGGAGGUCUGAAGAAAAAAAACAAACCUCUAAAAUUUUUCCUGGUGGCCUUAUUUGGUGUUUCUAAAAUGGCCGAAAUGAUGAGCAUGAUGCAUGUUGAUUCCAGCUAGGCUUAAGACAUGUUUAUAUGUAGAGGCAGUAGAUCAAUAGUUUUGGCCCAGUUGCAUAUGUUAACAUUGUUCAUACUGUAUACUAUAAUUUCAUUUGUUGGAAUUAUAAUUGUUGGCAUGUGUACUUGUAACACUGUAUUUGUAUUGAAACAAUAAAAGAACUUACUCAAAAGUG